AUGAGUCCCAAGACAGUAUCGACAGGCACCUAUAACUUUCUGUAUAUUCCCAUCAUAUUGCCGAGAACUUUGGUGAAACGCUUUCUUCCUCCAAGCGUCUCUAGUAUCUCGCCUUCCCCUUUUUGGGACUCGUCUGCAAUCCAGAAUGACUGCGGUCUUCGGCUCAGUGAAAACGACCACGUUGUAGUGUUUCAAAUUGGGCGUCAGUAUAAGACGGGUACAUGGAUUGCCAAGUUUGACUUCCAAGAGGCUAAGCUUGAAAUACCAUACUUAAAUCACCCAGCACUGGACCCUUCGUCGACAGGGCGCUUUCCCUUCCUUUUCAAACAAACUGUCAUGUUUGACAGUUCAUUGAUGAAAUACGCCUCCCGCUACAUUGUUGGCUUGCGUUCGCUCCUCACAAAAAAUGACCCCUGGAACUUUCCCGAGCCCAUCGAUAAGUAUAAUAGUACCGAAAUUCAGAGAGGCGAAAUAGUGGACAUAUUAAAGCUGGAAGUUCAAUACGGGACAAAGGAUUCCGAUUCAGAAUCCGCACGCCUAUGGACGUCUGAGAUCUUCCAGAAAAUGUUCUCGCAACCUUUCUAUGGGGAGUUCAGUAAUGGAGUUCACAAGAUGGAAGGCGACUUCGCCAAACCACUUCAGCCCAUUUCGACUUUCUCAGGCUCGAUCGCGAUUAAGCUGUCAGCCUUUGAACUGACAUCCGAUGGGGAACAUCUUGAUCCAGAAGAAUUAUCGCGACAUAACUGCGGGUUAGAUGAUGAUGGGUGGCUGAGGAUAUCAUCCGAGCUUCUGGGAUACCACGCAAAAGUUAAUAUUACGAUUAAUGGUCCUUUCCAGCCCAGCCAUUUUUCUUCAUAA